GUGUCAUCUGGAGGCUCCACGACGACGACGACUUCUGAAUUGACAUCAGAAGUUGCUGUGGAAGAGGAAACGUCUCCACCAGUCAAAUGUAUGGAUUACGGAGAUUACUGUAGAUUGUGGGGUGUUCUUCAAUUGUGCUAUAGGGAUCAAGUUUCAAAGUUGUGCCCCAAAACUUGUGAUUCCAGAUGUGCAUUUGCAUCUUGA